CAAAUUCGAACCGCUUCCCCGGCAGCUUCGCAACGGUCACCGUGCUCCUCGCUCCCCCAAAGGGUCCACGACACCCGACUCACCCAAAACCUCGCCUCAUCCCGAUCUGCUCCCCGCCUUCGACCCCGCCCCGUCCCGUGCACCGCGUCAACCUCUCCCCAAUGGCGAGCGCCGCCUCCUCCUCAUCCUCCUCCUCGCAGCCAGUGCGCGUCGUGCUGCGGGUGCGCCCGCUCCUCCCCUCGGAGGCCAGCUCGGCAGCGGUGCCCCCCUGCGUCUGCCUCAUCGGCGACCACCCCGGCGGCGAGGUCACCGUCCAGCUCAAGGAUCAGCACACCAGCCGGAGCGAGUGCUACAAGGUGGACGCCUACUUCGGCAAGGAGGACAGGGUCUCCGACGUAUUCGACCAGGAGGUCAGCGCCUUGAUCCCGGGCAUCUUCGAGGGCAUCAACGCGACCGUGUUUGCCUAUGGGGCAACCGGCAGCGGCAAGACCUACACCAUGCAGGGCAGCGAAGAUCUGCCAGGGCUCAUCCCCUUGUCGGUCGCGACAAUCUUGGCGCGCUGUACCGGCACGUGGUGCUCCGUCGAGAUCUCGUACUACGAGGUGUACAUGGAACGGUGCUAUGACUUGCUCGAGCCCAAGGCAAAGGAGAUCAUGGCGUUGGAUGACAAAUUUGGUAACCUACAGCUCAAGGGCUUGGCUUGGGUCCCUGUUCGAUCCAUGGAGGAGUUUCAGGAAGUCUACUCAAUAGGUGUGCAGAGGCGGAAAGCCGCCCACACAGGCCUGAACGAUGUUUCAAGUAGAAGCCACGCUGUGCUUUCUAUCAGGGUCAGUAAUGAUACUGUCAAAGGGAAGCUUAACCUCAUCGACCUUGCUGGAAAUGAGGACAACAGAAGGGCUUGCAAUGAAGGGAUCCGCCUUCAAGAAAGCUCUAAAAUCAAUUCAUCGCUGUUUGCAUUGUCUAAUGUCAUUUCAGCUCUCAAGAAGAAUGAGUCACGGGUACCUUACAGAGAGAGUAGAUUGACCCGCAUACUGCAAGAUUCGCUAGGAGGCAAUAGCCGUGCUGUGAUGAUAGCUUGCCUGAAUCCUGUGGUAUACCAGGAGGCAGUCCACACAUUAAGCAUGGCUGCUCGUUCAGGCCAUAUGGUGACCAACAUGGCUUCAGCAAGCAAGGAACACACUCCAAAAGUAAAGGUGGACAUGGAAGCAAAAUUGCAAUUGUGGCUGGAAUCAAGGGGGAAAACUAAGAGCACCCAAAGAAUGAAUGGACUUUUGUCCCCAACUGGAUGGAGGACUCCUUCUUCGAUGAGCCAUAUGAAACAACCGCUAUCUGCCCGGGUUUCUGGUAGAGCUAAAGCAAUGGACCAAGACGGUGCUAAAAUAAAAAAGGUGCUUUUUGAUUCAGCGGUCCAUACAACAGCUGAAAACACAACAAGACCAAGCUCACGAGAUGAAGUAAAGACAACUAAGAAAGAGGUACCCCCUUCGUUAACUCCUUGCAAAGAGGACAAAUCUGAAUCUCCUCUCAGGAAAGCUCUGUCUCCCAUUCCUUCAAACAUGAUGACUCCUUGUAAUGUCAAUUGCCCUCCUUCAUUGGAGCUCAAAACUCCAAUAGGAGCAUGCCACAUAGUUGAGAAGAAUCCGGAUGGUACACCUCUUGAUAAGUUUAAUGCACUGGGAUCUAACCUAAAGGAAUCUCUUAUCCAACAAUAUCUCGAGUUCUUAAAUGUUGCGAACAAGGAAGAGCUACAACAACUAAAAGGAAUUGGUGAAAAGAGAGCAGAGUACAUUCUCGAGCUCCGGGAGGAUUCGCCCAGACCAUUCCAAUCUCUUUCGGACUUGGGAAAUAUAGGUCUAUCAACGAAACAAAUCCAAGACAUCCUACGGAAAACAGCCACAGGAAUCUUCAAAUGAUCACUGGAAUGGCCUCUUGCCUGAAAGCACGGAAUGGACUGCCGUAAUCAACCACAUUGGAGAUGCUGGGUCAUAUCGUUCACCAUCUGUGACCCAAUGGAUGGUGUUGUACCUGUACUGUGAACUGUCAGCCUGUUGUUGACAUAGUUGUAGUUGUACUGUUAACAGUCGGCCUGCUGCUGAUGCUAUUGCUAGGGCAGAGGGUCUUGCUGCAAUUUUUCUCUUGUAAUUUGUCUUCCUGAUGGGAUGGCCUAGCUUGUGCAAGGUUCCUUGCACAAGCAUUUUCAUGUUCAAUUUUCUUCUUGAUGUGAUGCAAAUUUUCUCUGGAAUCUGAUACAUUGAAUGGCCUGCAUAUUUCACAAGCUUC